UGCUUGCUGGCCUGGUGCAGAAGGUCUGGCUCCCCAAAGUUCUCCAAGCUCCAGCAGUGAACAUGGCUGGGCUCCUGGGGCUCCAGCUGCUCCCCAUGCUCCUUGUGCUCCCCUGCAACCUGGCUGCCCAAGAGGUCUGGCAGUCCCCCACCUACACGGUCGCUUUAGAGGGGGACUCUGUCAACAUCACCUGCUCCACCCUGGGGCCCCUGCUUGGCAUCUACCUGAAGCAAAGGUGGCCGAAGCUCAGCAACGUGAUUUACUAUGAAAACGGGAGGGAGCCCACCGUGGACCAGCGGUUCCAGGGCCGCAUCACCUUCUCAGGGCUGCAGCACAACCUGACCAUCAGCAUGCACCACCUGCAGCUGGCCGACACCGGUGACUACGCCUGCCAGGCCAUCAUGAAUAACGAGGUCUGGGGGCCCGGGACCUUGGUCGUGGUGACAGAAAAACUGCCCCAAACAGAGAACACAUGCCAGGAGACUCAGAGGAUACACUUUGCCCUCCCCACGGCCCUGGCUGUGGGCUUCUUCCUCGUCGGUCUGGGGCUGGGAGCAGUGUGUGUGCUGAGAAGGACACAGAUCCAGAAACUUUGCUGUGCGAGGGAUAAGAACUCGGCGUGUGUGAUCUACGAGGACAUGUCCCACAGCCGCUGUAACACCAUGUCCAUCCCCAACCAGUACCAGUGAGCCUGGCAGGACCCCAGGCCUCCCUCUGUCCAGCAGAGCUCUGGGCAGACCAUCCAACCCAGCAUGGACACACAGGCAGCUCCCCACAGCAGUCAGGCUGCUGCUGCCUCCUCCAGGCAGCCCUCCUUGCCUGCCUCCCACCCUUGAGGCUGCUCCUGGCACCUUGGAGCCACCGGGAAGGAAGCUUUUCUGUCGUCCUGCUGCCUUGACCCUUCCACGGCAGAAGAGGCUGCUCUGAAGGAGGGACUUGGGCCUGGGGCAGCAGGCAGCUGGGGGGUCUGGGGAGGCUGGGGGCUGAGCGCUGACCCCAGCCCAGCCUUGCCAGAAGUAAAGGGCUUCUCUUCUCCCCUUUCCAACUCCAGUGUCUAUUUCUCAGCCAGCUUAGAGUCGAGGAGGGGAGGCUUGCCUGACACCCUCCCUAGAGUCUCCAAGGACUUUGACAGCCUAAGGGAUUAUGUGUGAGGUUUUCAGGAAGGAGGGAGGGGCAAGGGGACACACACUCACUCCAGCCCCUGUUUAGGCUGGAGAAGGGGCAAAUCAACCAGAGUCCUCCUGGCCUCACUAGCCUCCACCACGGGGUGACGUGGGGAUGGAGGAAGGGGAGCUAGCAGCAGUGGUCUGGGGGUCUUAAUAGAGGGCCACUCCCGGUGUGCGCUCAUGUUGGGGUGCGAUGGGACCUUGGGGAACCGACCUUGGGGAAACAGGCGCGCCAAGAGUGGAUGUGAACCAUGGCUGCGUCCUCCUGGACUCGGGGCCAAGAAACAGCAGACCAUGCUGCCCACCA